ACCUAGAUUAGAAACUAUAAAAGCGAUGUUUGCAGCAUGUGAUACACAGAGUUGAGCUCGAAAUAUCUCUGGAAGUUCACCUGUGGCUACUUGAAACUUGACCAUGAGGCAGACAAUCGCCGCAAUUUUUGUUUUGGCCCUCUUCGCUUUUUCCGUGAACGGCCAAACGCUUGUCGAGGAGGACUCAACUGCUCCUGCAGUGUUCAGCAGUGCAGCUGAAGAGGCCAUUCAUCUCAGUGAAGUUCUUCUUGAUGUGGCACAGACACUUGCUGAGGAUGAAGAUAUGAACUCUGAGGCCAACGAAUACUUCAUCCGUGCUCUUUGGAACAAAACAAUGGAAGCCGUAAAAAACGCCACUAAGAAGAUCAAGCAUUCCGUAAAAGGGGCCUACAGUGAAGCCAAGGAUAACAUCAAGAAAGCAGCCGGGGAAGCCCGAAAGAAGCUGAAGCAAAAGGCCGCUGAGAUUAUGUCAAAAUUGUUGAGCAAGGUAGCGGGAGAGUAUGCCUUGGCUGAUGCGCAAAGCGGCUUCAACUUUGUGAAGAAACUGGUUGACCUCGUUAUGGCUGCAGCCCAGCGACUUCUUCUCGUAGGAAGAGCUCUCGACAACCUUCCAAGAUGAGGACAAUAAAGCUGCGAAGCAAACAAACAAACAAAACAAAUUGCGUUUAAUUUCGGUUGAGGCAUUUCGCGUCAUCACUGUAACAGUGGAAAAUAUUUUUUGAUAAAAUGAGUCAUAGAAAUGCUCUCUUUUGUCAAACUUUACUGUAGCGGAGAUCAGUAAUAAA